GCCAGCAUUGUUCUCCGCCAUGGCGGACCCUGUGCAGCUCAAGGUCCACCGCUGUAGAUUCGUGGACUAUACGCCGUCCCCAGUGACCGCGCUCGCAUUUCCACCACUCCCCCUCCCCAACCCAAAAGGCAAGAAGACCGCAUCAAGGCACCCCACGACGUUUGGCGCCCUCGUUGUCGGGCACUCCAAUGGAAACAUCGAUAUCUGCGAGUGGACUGGGCGAGAUGAGCAGACACAGUCCCCCCAAGCAUGGGUGGUCAGAAAAACCAUAGUAGGCACCUACCCCUCUAAGGUCGACUCGCUUGCCCUUGUCAUCCGUCAUCCCGAUCUUCUUGAGGAUGACCAGGUACCAUCCAUCUCCGACCUCCGUCUCUUCAGCUCUGGAGGGGGGAACGAACUGGUCGAAUGGGACAUGAACCGAGGCUGCAUUAGGCGCACGAUAAACUCACAAGGCGGAGCCAUUUGGUCCAUCGCAGCCAACCCUUCCUCAUCGCAGCUUGCCCUCGCAUGCGAGGACGGUACCGUCCGCAUCCUCUCCCUCGCGCACGACACCCUUACCCAUCACCGCCGCUUCGACCGCGUCAAGUCUCGCAUCCUCUCCCUCGCCUGGGGUCCCCCCAUUCCCCGGAAACCCACACCCAAGAAAGCCGCAGCCUCAUCUUCUAACUCGGACUCUGACGACUCAAGCGACGAAGAGGAAGAGGAUGCUUGGUCCGACUCCUGGCUCAUCACCGGCUGCUCCGACAGCAGCCUCCGCAAAUGGGAUCUAAAGACCGGCCGUGUCAUCGACCGCAUGGGCGUCGAUCGCCUCCGCGGCGAGCGGACGCUCGUCUGGACCGUUGGCGUCCUGGGCGACGGCACAAUCAUCUCUGGGGACUCCCUCGGCGCGGUCAAGUUCUGGGAUUCCCGGACAUGCACGCAGUUGCAGUCGUUCCGCGCGCAUGGUGCGGACGUGCUCUGCCACGCAAUCGGGCCCAACGGGACGACCGUCUUCACCUCUGGCGUCGAUCAGAAGGUUGCGCAGUUCACGCUCGUGCGCGCCUCCGCACCCGGGAAGGACGCGGAAGUGCAGUCGCAAUGGGUGCAGACGCGCGCACGCAGGCUACACUCACACGACGUGCGCGCCCUCGCGAUGUGGCCGCCGCAUGUGUGCUUGCCGCCCGCGCUGCGGCGUCCCCAGCCCUCGGGCAUUGCCCCCGUCCUCGCCUCUGGUGGCCUUGACAUGAACGUCGUCCUCACGCCCGCCGCUACUGCGUCCGCCACCGUCACGAAGGUCGUCAACCCGCUCGCCACCAGCGUCGACGUCACCUUCGAAGAAGCCUACCAGCGUCGGCUCGCCUACCCUGCCACCGCCGCCGUGCGCGUCGCACCCCAAGCACGACUCGUCGCUUGCAUGCGCGACGCCGCGCUCACACUCUGGCGCAUCCUCAACAAGCAGGAUGUGCCCGCGGACGAGCUUCCCGUCCCUCCAGACUCAGACGCCGACAACUGGGAGAAGGUCCUCGAGAUGGACUUCAACGUCGAGACCAACCUUCUCGCGCACGCCGUGUCCAGCGACGGCCGGUGGCUCGCCGUAUCUGACCUUUACGAGACCAAGCUUUUCCGGCUACAAGAAGGCGAGAAGGGCGCCGUCACCCCGCGCCGGGUGCGCGACUUCGCUACUAUGCUCGCGGGGCAUUUGCCGCCUUCGCACGGCUCGACGGGCGCGCAGGCGCUCGUGUUCACCCCGGACUCAUCGAAGCUGGUGCUCAGCUCCGCGCUGGGGUCGUACGUGCUCGUCGUCGACCUGGGUGGGCAGGACGGGGUGCCGCGCGUGCUGCGGCGCUUCGACCACCAUGUAUCGCGGACGUACGCAUUGAGAGAUGCGGUGAAGCGACAGGGUGCGGAGGAGGACGUUGAUAUGGCGGAUGGCGACAACGAUAGCGGCAUCGAGCUGCCGUCGACUUCGUCUACCACCGUACCUUCUGUUCACCGCCUUGCCGUCAGCCCUGAUGGACAAUGGCUCGCUACCUCCGACGACCAUGCGCAAACACACAUCUUCAACCUCGACUCCCUUCAUCAUCACUGCACCCUCCCCUCCUUCCCCCACCCCGCUCAGUCCAUCGCCUUCUCCCACGCGCACCCAGCCCUCCUCCUCCUCGCCUUCCCCGACAAUACCCUCGAGUUCUUCGACGCCGAAGCCCGGGCGUUCCCCGGCUGGGCUCAGGACCUCGCCGCACACAUCCCCCGCCGCCUCGCCGGCGCGCACGACCCCGUCCUCGGCGUCACCUUCCCGCCCCAGGGCAAGGAUCAAUAUGCGCUCCUCUGGGGCUCGACGUGGUUGGCGAAGCUCGAUCUCGGCGCCGCGCGGCCGCGUGUUAGGAGGAAGAGGAGACGGGAGAGUCGAGGUGCAGCGAAGGCGGAGCAAGAGGCGAAGGAGAAGGGCGACAGGACCGAUAUCGCGGCUGAGGCAGCAGGCGCGGAACCGGAGGAGGAAGACGAACGCCGAGAGCGCGAUUUCCGGAUGAUCACGCACUAUCGGCCAGUGUUGCACGUCGACUUUUUGGACUCAGGCGAGUUGGUGGUGGUGGAGAGGCCGCUGGUGGACGUGCUAGCGUUGCUGCCUCCUGCGUACUACAAGUCCAAGUACGGCGCUUCAUAGCGAUGGCAUGGGUUUUCCUCGGUCUUUGUUUCUCUUUACUGCAAAAAGGACUUAUUGAAGCAUUGUCGAAGACGCCAUCCUGAUCCGCGAGUGUACAGCGACUCGAAGUCCGCCCUUGACAGUGCGGACCCGAGGGGGGAUCUUCCGGUGGGGAAGAUGAAUGACGGACAGCAUCGGGGUUCCGCCUGGUUGCGCCAUCUGCGCCCUCGAUCCAUUGCUUUAGGCUGCUAAGGCGCCGAUUUGCGUCCA